AUCGGAGGAGUUGUUUUUAAACCCCGGAGAAGGUGGCGGGGUGUGGCCAGCAGGUGUGUGUUCCUCUAAUACAUGGCUUUAUUUGAACCCUGCGAAGCGCUGUGCUUGUAGGGAACAGGGUGAGAAGAGUUCCCUAAGUGGCAACAGCUGUUGUACAGAAAGAUGGGGUUAUGGGCGCUAGUAAGUGUAGCCACAGUGGUGGUGGCAGCAGGACGUGCUCAGUUGCUUCAGAACAACAUCCUGGUGGAUCCCCUACUGGAAAACACUGUGGAGAAGACCUGCCCUACCAACUGGUCCACACAUAAAGGGUCCUGCUACAAAUUUAUCCGUUCUCCUGUCAAGACCAGGCAGCAGGCCAGGGCACAGUGCCAGGCAUAUGGCAAAGGCUCAGACCUGGUGAGUGUAAGUAAUAAGGAAGAGCACGGCUUCCUCACUCGCUACCUCCAUGAGAACGAUCCUCUCCUACGUAAGUGGUACACGGGUGGCUACCAGAAGACUCCAGGCUUUUGGGAGAAUGAGGGUGAUGGCUCUUCUUACCAGGACAUGAUGGAGGCACUCCUACCAGAACAGGCAGCCAUCCCACAGAACAGCUUCCUUGCAUACAGCUACUCAGUGUUGCACAAGGAGUGGGGUCUGUUCAUGGUGGAUGGGGAAGAGGCCCUACUUUAUGUAUGUGAGAUCCCCCAAGCCAAUAUCAACAGCAUCAUUGAUGAGUCAGUGGAACGUGACCAUGAGUAUGGCUUGGUGAUCCAGGACCCCACCAAGGUGCCUCAAGGGCCAGUCUUUGAUCUGCAGCCUGUGGACAAGAUCUUUGACCUGGCACGGCGGGAGGUCAUCAACUACAUCUCAGUCACGUGUCUUGCCAAAGGGUACCCCCCACCCACUUACACCUGGUACAAGGAGAGCUAUGAGAAUGAAGCCAUCAUGUCACGUGCCAUUGAUCCACUCAAGGACCCAAGAUUCACUGUGUCUGGUGGGACUCUCAUCAUCAACAAUCCUAACCAGGUUGAGGACAGGGGGAAGUACCAUUGUCGGGCUGAAAAUAAAUUUGGCUCCAUCACCUCCGAGAGCAUCCAGCUAUCAUUUGCCUAUGUGGCUGAGUUUAACCUGAAGCGCUCACAUGAAGUAGGUAGCCAGUACUGGGGGAAAGCCAUUUAUUGUGACCCACCACAACACUUCCCUGAUGUCCGCUACUACUGGGCUCGUACCUUCUUCCCCAACCUGGUGGAGGAGGACCGUCGCACAAUGGUUUCUCAGGAUGGCAACCUGUACUUCUCUUACGUAGACAUGAUUGACAAUGGACUAUACAGUUGUAACGUCAUGAGCACAGUCUCAGGGAUCGGCAAGAACGGACCCUUUUUCAACCUGGAUGUGGUGCCUCACCCUAACUACCAGCAGCUGAAGUUUGCCAACAACUUCCCCAAGGCCUUCCCUGAGGCUCCCAUCAGAGGGGAGGACGUCAGGCUGGAAUGCAUCGCUUUUGGAUAUCCUGUUCCUUCCUACAACUGGACAAGGCGUGGUGGCGCCCUCCCUCGAGGUGCUCAGCUGCUUAGCUACAACCGGGUCCUCAUCCUGCCCAAAGUGGAGCCCUCAGACAUGGGUGAUUAUGUGUGUCGUGCCCAUAAUACCAGGGUGGCCAUCGAGAACAGCAUUGCCCUCAGUAUUCAAGCCAAGCCAAGCUUCACCAUUCGCCUUCAAGACCAGUUCAUUGCCAAGGAUGCAGACCUCAUGUGGGAGUGUGAGGCAUUUGGCAUCCCUGAUGUAGACUAUGCAUGGCUGCGAAACUCUGAACCACUUAACCUGGAAACACUGACUGAAGAUGAAAAGGAGCGUUAUGAGUUAGCAGACAGCAUACUCAAGAUCAAAGGGGUGAAGGAGUCUGAUGAGGCUGUAUACCAGUGCAUAGCAACCAACCAACUGGGCACCUCCUACUCCUCAGCCCAGCUCAAAGUAUUAAAGUUGGCACCAACGUUCCGCAAGAAGCCGCUGGAGACAGAGAUGUAUGGUGCUGAGGGGAAGAACGUGACCAUUGUGUGUAAUCCUGAGGCAGCACCAAAACCGAAAUUUACAUGGCGACAAAAUGGACUUAUAAUUGGGAAUGGUGGAAGGAGAAAAAUACUGCGCAAUGGUAACCUGGUGAUUGAUCCUGUCUCCCGUGAGGACCGAGGCAACUACUCCUGCACAGCUGAGAACAUCUAUGGAUCAGACACCAGUUAUGGGUGGCUGGAAGUCCUGCGUAAGCCAGAGUUUUACCGCAGUCCACCUGAGGAAGUGAUAACCGCCAAGGGGGACAACAUCACCCUGGAGUGUGAGGCAUAUAUAGAUCCUCUUUUGGACAAAUCAUAUAUCUGGCGCCACAAUGGACUCAGGAUUGAACUGGACGACACUGAGUACCUGCGACACCUUGCUUACAUGCAGGGCUAUGAUUAUGACUACCAGAGUCGGAGGUACAACCUCUAUGACAACCCAUAUGAGUCUUCCCUCUAUCUGAAGAGAAGGGAGCAGGAGGUGUAUGUUGCCAAAAGAUACCCUCCCUACCAGAAGGGCUUCCGUGCAGGCCACCUGAGGAUACCAAAUAUCCAGAUGGAGGAUGCUGGUGUGUAUGAGUGUGUGGCCAUGACACCUGUGGCCAAGAUUUCCAUAUCCACUAAAAUUAUUGUCCAUGGCCCACCAGGACCGCCAGGUGGAGUGACAGCUGUGGACCUGACCAGCACAAAUGGCCGAGUGAAAUGGACCAAUGGUGCAAGUAAUGGCCGACCCAUCUUGUCCUACAACAUCCAGACUCGCACUCAGUGGACCCGAAAGUGGAUAACAGUGGCAGAGAAUAUACAGGCAGAGCUCAUUGACACCACCAAUGGCCGCAUGGAGUAUCAACUGGAUGACGUGCUCUCCCCCUGGUCUGCUCAUGAGUUCAGGGUGCAAGCUGUCAACAUUCUUGGGGAGGGACAGUACUCCAGCCCCUCACCUCAGGCUAACACAAGGCCAGACCGUCCGUUUACCAUCCCAAACAACCUUGGUGGUGGCGGAGGCAAGACUGGCGAUCUUACUAUCACCUGGGAGCCUAUGUCUGGAGAGCAUCAGAAUGCCCCUGGGAUCUACUACAAGUUAUUCUGGCGGCGUUCAGUGUUGGACCCAGAGACAGAGUUCCAGAAGGUGAUACUGAGGCAACGAGGCAAUGUAGGAAUGCAUGUGGUGGAUGUCAACCCCAUCAAGUACUUCUACACAGAGUAUGAAGUGAAGAUCCAGGCAUGGAACAAUAUUGGUCCAGGUCCAAUCAGUGAGCCUGUGACAAUCUUCACUGCGGAGGACAUGCCCCAGGUCCAGCCUACGGAGGUGUCUGCAUUUGCCCACAAUGCCACCUCCCUCAAUGUCACCUGGCAGCCUAUUGAGCCCACCAGGGAGAACAUUCGAGGCAAACUUGUCGGCUACCGAAUCAAGUACUGGAGACGUGUGGACAAUGAGACAGACCACAUCAUCAAGCUGCAGCGAGGAACAGAGCCACACGGCCUCAUUGUGGGUCUGGUGCCAAACACCUUCUACUGGGUGCGAGUCAUGGCGUACAACCAAGCUGGCUCAGGACCUGAGAGUGAAAGAUUCCUGGAGCGUACCUGGCGCCACCCACCCCUCAUGCCACCCAAUGCUGUCCAAGUGUACCCAAUCAACCCCAGCACCAUCCGUGUCACCUGGCGUGGUGUCACCCCCACACCCAUGGAGGAACCUCUCAUUGGGUACAAGAUCAAAGUGUGGGAAUCCGACCAGGACUUCACCACAGCCAACGACACUUUUGUAUACAUCGGUUCACCCCUGGAGGCUUACAUUACUGACCUGGCUCCUGGCAAGUCCUACAUGCUGCGUGUGUUGGCAUUUUCUCGAGGUGGUGACGGCAAGAAGUCCUCCCCUCCCUGGAAGUUCCAAAUGGGAGACACAGAUGUACUCCGAGGGUCAGCCCCAGGAACCUCCCUUGACCUGCUGUUCAACUCAACUCUCCUUGUGACCUUCCUGGUGGGCUUCCUCACCCCAAUCCUGCGCUCUCGCUUCCUCCACCACCAUCACCACCACCAGUGAGUGCUGCCACUGCCACCCUGAUGAUGGUGUGGCAGGAAGCAUCACCCAGAUGUCAGGUGUUGAAGGUGAUGCUGUUCAGGAGACCGUCCGGUAAGCCUAAUUUACUGAGACUGUUUUGGUGGCAUCUGAUUGCUACUUUUUGAAGCUGUGUUCUGUGAAAUUGUUCCUCAGAGUAUUUCAAGGCAUGUACAUAAGGGUUUUCAUGGUUAACACUCUGGAAAAGGGCAAUCAUUGCACUAAGGCAGUGUGAGUUAGGUUCUGUGUGUAUGUCACUGUUUGUGUAUUUGCUACUGUAUGAGGUUCUAAUCUCAAAUGGGGAUCUGCUUUUAUCACAGCAGUUAAAAAUCUGAUUCAUACGUCCAUUACUGAUAAGAUUUGUGUGAGGAGCUGCAGUGUGUCUCAGGGUUGCUAGCAUGAUCUGGUCAAAGGAAGACACAUUAAGUAUAUAAGGCUUCAGGGGGAGGGUGGUACACAUACCAAGAGGUGAUACAAGGAAGAAAGAUGGCAUAUAUAUGAGACUUCUAAACUUGUCCAUGAAAUGAUGAAAGGAAGAAGUAGGUUUUAAGGGAGUAUGGAAGGCAGCAAUCUCUUCAGGAAGUUGAAAAAAUAAUUUCAUAGGGAGGGUAUAUACUUAGUAUAAUUAGAGAUUUUGAAAAGCUUUGAGGAGGAAUUAGAAAGGGAGAGAAUGAUCUUCAGAAGUUCAAACACUGGAAUUUCUUUUUAGAAGUUUCAGAGAGAAUGAAUUAGUUAUAUUGACAGCUUCAGUUAGUGGAUAAAGUUUUUAUGCUUUCAUGGAGUAGCACAAAGAGGGAUUAUCUCUUAUGGGGAGAUACAAACAUGUUACCUUUGAGAUAUAUGCAAUUCUUCAGGGUUUAAAAUGUAAAGGGACUUCCAUGUGAUUUUUAUUGUAAGGGAAUGAAGUGUUUUCUAUUUCCUCUCCCCCUUUUCAUUUUGUAACACUUCCUUGCUGACAGUAUGACAAGAUACUUUAUUCUUGUGCCAUGUAUAAAGACCUAGUUCAUGUUUCCAAAAAUCUUAGUUCUUUUGGUAAUUGAAUUUGAUCUUCACUUGGCAUAUUUCUUACACUAAAUGACUAAUGUGUUGUUUUGAGGUUGUGUCAGCCUUGAUUGUUGUUUUACUUGAUGAGAGGGAUGAGGAGUGGAACAUAAAAAUCACCACUCUAUUUUCAUUGUCAUAAAAGCAUCCACAAAUUAGUAUAAACUAGUAUUAGACAUAACUUUAGUGGAGGAUGUGUUAUGUCACAGUCAACAUCAGGCUAAAGUGGCAAUAGUUAUUUGCAUCGGAGGUAUAACAAAUGGUUCCAGUUAGGCCUUGGUUAUCAUUUCACUCACACAAGUGGGAGACUCUCCAUGCCGUCAGUUUUUAAAUGUGUAUCUUGAUUUGUUAAAUGAAUAUUUUCUUAUUCAUAAAAUUAAAAUUUUUACUAAGGUACAGCUAUUCCUGCUCACUCAUGAAGAACCCUCUACUGUUACAUUGUGGGAAUUUCAUUUUGGCCAUCUAGAGGCAAGGAGGUAUUGAUAUUACACAGUAUUGUAGGAGGCCUUGAUCCAGAGGGCUCUCUUCAGCUACAUUCCCAGAACACAGUAUUAUCAACCCAUCUUUAAUAACACACUGCCUUCUGUUUCGCUCACAGAAUAUUAGUGGCUUGAGUGGUGGUGUUCAGAAUGGGUAUGUGUCACUAGCAGUUGUAUAAAGUGUUAAGUUGAAGGUUGUGUUUUUUAGUGCCAAUUUGAUAACCAGAUAAGUAUGGCAUCUGAUCCAUAAUACUACUAAUAUAUUCCCACUCCAUGCCAUAUUUUUGUUGUUACUUAAAUUUUCAAGUGUCAAAUUCUGUUUUAUUUCUGAUUAAAAUUUUCAGGUGUCAAAUUUUACAUUUAAUUUGAAUUUCAUUUUUUUUUUUUUUUUUUUUUUUUUUACACUAAUGUUAAUGUUUUGUAUUUUUGAUACCUACAGCUCAAUAAUAAUGCUGAUGUACUCCUUCCAUUACACUCAUGAUAGUUUCCAUUGUUUUAUAGAAGUAUUUAAGAUGUACAAUGCAAUGCUUUUGCUAUGACUGAAAGUGUAAAUAACCUGUAGAUGAUGCCAAGUUUAUUUUUUUUUGUUGAUUGUGUUCUGUGUAUCCUGUUUGUGGCUCAAGUUUGUGGCAAAAAAUGUACAACGACAACAAUGACAGUAAUUCCAGCAAGAGAAUCUCACAUUCCAGUAGGAUGCAUAUUUUGCUGGUUAGCCUGCUGUAGUCAUGUGUUUUAAAACCAAAGGCCAUGAUUGUGUGCUUCAAGUGUGCAUUUACAAAGUAUUGUUGUGCCUUCAGCUGGUGGAUAUGUAUGUAGCUGCUAAGUCCAAACACACUAAAUAAUCCAGUCUUUAUUUGUAACCAUAUCACAAUGAGAAAACAAUUACCUACUUAAGAUAUCUUUGUUGUGCAGCAUGGCAUGACAACUUGGCAUUGAAGUCUGGUAAUAGUAAUAGUAAUAAAUACUGGUAAUAGUAAUAGUAUUGAAUACUAAAUUGAUAAAAUAAUAAUAAUAAAAAAAAAAUCACAAUCCCAGAACACUUACAACAGUGCAUAGGAAAAUAUGACAUUCACACAUGGAAAGAAACUAAACAACAUGAUAGCUGGAUUUUCAUCACUAUUGUGACAGACCAGUACAAAACAUCCUAUGCAAAGCACUUUACACACAUGAAAAGUGUAAUAAUUGAUAACUAAAGGUGUGACUAAAAAUAAAAUGCAAUGCAUCACACACACACACACACACACACACACACACACACACACACACACACACACACACACACACACACACACACACACACACACACACACACAUUUAUAAACUGCUCUAAAUUUCACAUUAGGACAAAUCUGUCAUGUUUAUCAAUGUAUCAGAAUGAUGAAUAUGCUAAGCAGCCUUCACUGAGGGGCUAUGAUUAAUGUUCCAGAACUAUUAAUGUAUGGCAGCCAUGAAACACCUGAGUUAUAUUAAUAAUUUGUAGCAGCUACUAUGAGUGAAUAUGAAGUUAUAAUGAAUGAUUAUGAAUAUGCAGCAGCCAAGAAUUUUAAACAACAAUUAGUACAUAAGCAAAGGCAAUUAUGAGUAAAGAAAUAUCCAUUGUGAAUUAUACACAAAAAUAUAUAUAUCGUUAGAACUAGGAACUAGGUAUUACCAGACAUGAAGUAGGCAGAGUGAAUGAGGCAAUGGAGAGAGACUUGCAUGAAAUGAUUUGACAGGUGUAAGAAAAAAAAAAAAUUGUAUGUCUGUCUGAAUGUAUGUCCUGUGUCACUGUGUUGGCCAAGGGUAACAAGCCAAAUUUUUCUUACAUAUCUUUUGGUUUCAAACAGAUCCGUCCAUUCCUAGUUGAUCUUUCAAAUAUAUAGGUACAUAACUUUUUUUUACUUGUAUACAUAGGUUACAGUGUAUCAAUAUUAAACUUUAACAACUGUUAACUCAGAUUCAGUAUAAAAGGUGUUAAUAUG